GGUUAUUUUAAUUUUAUGUUCUUAAACAGACUUGGCUCUUUCUGAAUUCAUCUGGUGUGCCUAGUGACAUCAUGGCAGCUGCAGAAUCAGUGUCAGACCUGAGGGUUGUUCUGCUGGGUGGCUCAUGGACUCAGAGGAAUUUCGUGGGGAAGUUUAUACUCGGAAAUGAUGUUUUUAGUAAAAUACCUGAAACCUUUUUUAGAGUCAGUGAGCCAGUGGGAGAACAAAAAGUAACGGUCAUCAACACUCCAGAUCUACAGUUCUCCACACAGGAAAGUCUUACAGGGUUUGUCAAAGAUUGUGCAAAGGCCUCUGAUCCUGGACCCCAUGUGUUUGUGUUGGUUGUGCACCCUGAAGAUCUAAAUGAGAGAGAUAAAGACAUGAUCUUUAAAGUUCUUGAUCACUUUAAUGAUCAAUCAUUUCAUUAUUCAUUUUUACUUAUCAUGACAAGAAAACAAGAUAAUUCACCUUUAAAAGAAAAAUACACAGACAAUCCAUUAUUGAUAGACUUGAUCGAAAAGUGUAAAUUUAGAGCUCUAAAGGAAGAAGACAUGGAUCAUACGCUGCUGAGUCGUUUUUCUCAAAUUGUGAAAGAGAAUGAUGGACAAUAUGUGAGUUAUGAAGCGUUUGAGGAAACACCAUCUAACCAAAGGGAAAAUGAUCAGAACCAGAGACAAAAAACAACCUUUGGUCUUGUCUCUACUGUCACAGAUGCCGGAGACACGCCCCUCCAGAGCAUUGAGGCGAGCACCGGGGAAACCAAAGCCCCAGACACCCAAAGGGAUUCCAAGAGCAGAGGCGCCCAGGAGGGGCCAACCCAGGAAAUCCGACCCCCCACCAAAGGAGGAGGAGAUACGGCCCUGAGGAAAACCCCAGCCACCACAAUACUGGAGCCCCCAGGAGCCGUGGGGAGGAGUUUGCUUGCUCCGCCGGCAGCCAGCCACCCUGAAGUGGAUCCAGCAAUGGGCCCCAGAGACCCACGGCCCCAGGGGCACGGGGGGCUAGGCCCCGUAGAUCAGCCACCAGGAUUAAGCCAGUACCCGCCUGGGCAUCCGCCUCCAAACAUCGAGCACCACCAGUGCACCAGUGAGCUCAAGCACUAG